AUGGUUGAUCAAACAUUACUUGCCAGAGCUCGAAAAGCUCGUUACGAUGAUUUACCAAAUUUCUCGGGACAUCCAUCAGAAGACGCUGAACGAUUUUUAAAGAGCAUAAAAAAUAUCACAAAAGCCAACAACGAUCCGGCGGACCCGAUGUUUCUCGAAAUUGUUCGCGGCAAAUUAACACAAAAUGCCGGCUUAUGGUUCGACGACAACGAAUCUCAGUUUAACAGAUGGUCAGAUUUCGAAACGACAUUUCGAAAUCGUUAUUUUUCAACGACGAACGUAAACACUAAAUUCGAUAAAUUAUCACAACGAAAACAACAACCCGACGAAUCAGUAACUGCGUAUUACGAUGAUAUCAUCACGUUAUGCCGAGAAGUUGAUCCAAACAUGACAGAUGCCAUUAUCAUCCAACAUUUAAUGAAAGGCAUCAAUCCGGAAUUCCGAAAGGAACUUACGCGUCGACAAACUGCAAUAGCGACAUUGCCCGAAUUUCUUCGAAUAGCAAAGCUUGAACAAGAUCUUCACGAUGUAUUUACACAGUCACAAGAAGUAAUGACACAGCCCGAAGCCUAUCCGAUGUACCACCUUGGUUCUGCAAAUAAUCGGAACAUACCACGAAAGAUCCCGGGAUACGGACAACAACUUCGUAACUUAUGGAGUCAAAAUUCUCGUUCAACACCUAUGAAGAACUCCGAUCAAAAUCGAAACUCGUAUUCGAAGAUUCCACAAAUAACAUCAAUACGUAAACAAACAUCCAAUUCUACGACCGAAACAGGACUCGAUCAGAAUAAUCAAACACCACAUCAAUCAUGUAAAGUCUGUGGAAAACAAAAUCAUCGUUCAAUUGACUGUUUUAAAAAACGCCAAUCCGGCUGUUUCAAUUGCGGUCAAGGACAUCCAGUCCGCAAUUGCCCAGAUCCACCGCAUUUUCAAUAA